GAGUGAGCCUGAGAGUUAGUGGAGAGUGGAGUGCGGUGAACAGCGCACCAGCCCUACUCGUCGGGCCUCUCUGUCCACCCGUUUUAUUUAUUUUCGGUCGAUCUGAGGCAUUUCUCGCGCGAUCUGGUGCUUCUUUAAAACGUGCGAAUUUUUGGAUGGGAACGCUUUGGCUUCCUUCGGGGGAUCUGUUAUUUUCUAUCGAGCCCGAGGGGUAGUGCGAAAACAAAAGAAAGACCAAUAUAUUCCUGUUCUGAUAUCAGUGAAGUGAAAAGUGACAAAUCUGCAAGUGAUUUAAAUAUCAAGAUGCUACAAAACUAGAAAGUGACUUUUUUUUUAUCAUUCAAACAAGCAAAUUAACCAUGGAUAUCAAGGCUCUGCACAAAAGCAGUACCUUCAGUUCUUUCACUGGUGGAACUCAUAAAAUAAGUAAUUGGUUUGCUGCGCUUGGUGAACACCGGCGGAAGUCUUCUAUGAAAACAUCUAAAAGUCUGACUUUAGGUGUAUUACAUGAGAAUUUACGCAUUGGAUCUGAUGGCGAGUCAGAGGAGGCAUCCGGGGCGUCGGACGACGUUGUGUCACCAGUUAAAUUACGCCCCAAGAAUAGAAGACUUAGUGAACAAGAUAUAAACAAACGACUGUCCUUGCCUGCUGAUUUGCAUUUACCUGAAUCGUUUGUUGCCAAACAAAAUGUGAGCCCUACCAUCGAUGGUCCCUUAAGCAGAGCAACAAGAAGACAGUCACUGUCAGAAAUUGGUUUUGGUCGAAUGGAGACUUAUAUUAAAUUGGACAAAUUAGGCCAGGGAACCUAUGCAACUGUAUUUAAAGGAAAAUCACGUCUGACUGACAAUCUUGUUGCUUUAAAAGAAAUUCAAUUAGAACCAGAGGAAGGAGCACCAUGCACAGGAAUCAGGGAGGUUUCUCUCCUGAAAGACCUUCGCCAUGCUAAUAUUGUUACUCUCCAUGAUAUUAUUCAUACUGAAAAAUCACUCACCCUUGUGUUUGAGUACCUGGAGAAAGACUUAAAACAGUACAUGGAAGACUGUGGAAACAUGUUAAGUAUGAACAAUGUUAAGCUGUUUCUCUUUCAAUUGCUUCGUGGGCUAGCUUACUGCCACCAAAGACGCAUUUUACACAGAGACCUGAAACCUCAAAACCUUCUUAUUAAUGAAAAGGGAGAACUGAAGCUGGCCGAUUUUGGUUUAGCAAGAGCCAAGUCUGUGCCUACAAAAACCUACUCCAAUGAAGUAGUCACUUUAUGGUAUAGGCCACCAGAUGUACUUGUAGGUUGUACUGAAUAUUCCACUCAAAUUGAUAUGUGGGGAGUUGGGUGCAUUUUCUAUGAGAUGGCUCGAGGGAGACCAUUGUUCCCUGGUUCAACAUCUGAUCAGCAGCUUGGCUUGAUAUUUACCUAUUUAGGAAGACCUCCACCUGGGCCUUUAACAGAGAUUUAUGACAAGACUUAUCGAUUUGAUCCUUGUAAUGUUGAUAAUUUCAUGGGUUUUUCAUCAAGAUCUGAUAAAGAUGGGAAACAUCUGUUAUCUAAGUUCCUUCUGUAUGAUGCCAAGAAGCGAAUAUCAGCUGCUGAAGGUAUGAAACACCCUUACUUCCAAUCGUUGGGACCUGGUGUUCAUAAAUUACCUGAUAUUGCCUCUAUUUUUACUAUACCUGGAAUCAAACUGACAACAUUGAGGAAACGCCCUGCUAUGAGAGCCUAUGGCCUCUCCAUUGAGAACAGUAAAGUUAUCUAGGAUCAAAUCAGGGUCAAGAUCCUGUUGUCAAAGUAUGCUUUUAUGUGUCAUACUUGCCUCAGUGAGGCUCUCAUUAUCUGUGAUGCCAAGGGCUACAGGGCGAUCAGUCCGCUCACCAGAACAGGCUUCUCUAUGUAAGAACUUUUGUCAUUAGGAAGAAAUUAACUAAUAGAAGUUUUUACUCCCUGAUUAUUUAAAAAAUGUGCUGUGGUUCUCGUGAAAUGGAGUGCAUUUUAUCUGAACAUAAUGCAUACAAGAUCUGCACUUGCAGACUUUUUUCUAAUUGUGGAAUUGGGAGCCGCCUGUAUCAGACUUUAUGUGCCAACAUCUUAAUAUUGUUUGAAAGAAGUAGUAACCUGAAUACUUAAUUCCUUUAUGUUUUCUUUCAUCCAUUUUCAUUUUUUUUAUUAGUAUAAAAUCUAAUGUCAUGUUUCUUUCUUGCAAGUAUUAUUUGCAAAUUUUUUUGUGCUAUUGAGUCAUGUUUGGGUUUGAAACUGAAGAGAUUAAAUUGAAACUAGUUAUCUUUUUUUUUCAUUUUUUAAAAAUAAGACCUUAAACAUUGCAAGAUGUCAUCUUAAUGGUGCAAGGUUAUCAUCCUGACUGAACUGUCUCAGUCUUACAACUAGUAAAAAGGACUCUGAAAAUGUGCAAGUCAUGUUUACGUAGCAAAUUUGGUGACAAAGUAAAUAAGAAACCAGCCCAUUCAUGAACAUGUCAUCCAUGUUACAUCAGUUAUUUUAAUUUUGUGCAUAUUUCAGUGUUUCUUUUUUCAUUUUUGAAAUUUACCAGUAUCUGCUAUAAAUCUACAAAUCCUAUGAAAUGUUUCCGUAAAGUGUUUGUAUGUUUUAUACUUGACUUUAAUAAGCCGUAUGUUAUGGUAUGGGUCAAACCUUGCUGUUGAUCAACCAACACCCAAAAGAUUUUAAUAUUUAGAUUUUAAUUUUCAGAUUAUUUAUUAUAAAUUGUUCUUUAUGAAACCUGCGUGUGUAUUUUUAUUCAUAUUACUCUUUGAGGUUUAUUUGUAUCUAUAUUAGAAAUUUGAUCAUGAUGAUAUCUCCUAAAUUAUUUAUCGUACAUUUUGCGUCCAAAACAUGUUGGUUGGAUCUACAAGUAUACUUGACUUGAAGAAACUGAUCAAAUUUAGAACCAAUCCUGUCUGUUUAUGAUAUGAGGUACAAAAUUCUAAAUAUUGUUCUCUGAUCAGCAGUCCGUCCAAUACGUUGCUUUCAUAAAUGGCCCCUUACCCACUGCAUUUUUUCUGAAAUGUAAGAUUUACUAAGAAGAUUUCAUUGUACAACAUUGUACAAGCACAUUUACCUGCAGCACAUAGAAGGUUACAGCAUCUAUCAAAAGCUAAAUUUUUAUUAUGAUUGAUUGCUCAAGGUUGUUGUUCCUCCAUGGAGUUGUUUGUACUCUUACCUGCUGGUACUUGUUCUUUCCUCUACAUUUCAGAAAGGUGUUUCUUGCCCUAUAGCAUGUAAUCAUUGUAGUCCCCAACUGUAAAUCCGUAACAUCAAAACAAAUUUUUUAUUGAAAAUGAUUAUGGUCAAAUAGACGCAGCUCUCAAACCACCACAGAAAUGUUAUCCUCUGUAAAGCUGUGAGAGUUUAAACUCCACUGCCUCUUACUGAUCAAACUGUUAGUGUUAAUUUUAUCUGCUUAGUUGGUUAAGCAGGUAGCUUUAAUUGAUGAACAAGUGUUCUUCAAAACAAAAUGUAAAGAACAAUAUAGAGAAUAUUUUUGGGUUCUGUUAUUCAACUUUGCUGUUUUUAUUUUCUUGAAUCAUCAUGUCGAUUUUACAUUAUUGAGUGACUGCUGCAUUUUAUAAUCGAUGCAGAUUGGUCGUUGAAUAUUUCUAGAGUAUGAUUAUGGACUAUAUUUUAUUGAUUCUGUCUUUUAUUGGUUCAAAGUUUAUCUUGGAGCUAAACUAUUUUCUCCUUUUCACUACUCUCACUGGUUGAUCAAAGUACCAUUAGCUGCAAAACAGCCAAAUUUUAUGUUAUUUUUAAUCAAAAGAAAACUGUUAAGGAAUGUGUGCAGCAUGCACUCUUCUGUGUCCUCUUGUUAUUCUCAAAAGUUUUUAAAAGGUGUCAAAUCCAUCCAAAUUUUGUAUAUAAAUGUAAUUGAAUCUUUAGGCUCAAUACCUAUGUAGUAUAUCAUAAUAACAAUAAGGUAAAGAUGUAUGCUGCUCAAAGAGGUGUUUUAUUGGUCCCAACCAUGUUUGAGUCAAAGACUGCUCUUGAUUGCCAUAUGGUCCCACUUUAAUGGUCUAGAAUCCUGGAGAAAUACAUAUUAGCAAUAUUACUGUAUAAACUACAUUAAAUAGGUAAAUAAGGUGGGUAAAAUGAAAAAAAAAAUCACAAAAAAAUCUUUUGACUAGCCAGUUGAAAUUUAAGAAAAAUAAAUUACAGCUGCAUGCAGGAAAUUGAAAAAAAUUGCAUUUGCAAGUAUUUUGGGGGCCUUCUGAGACUCACAAAAUCGGAUAACAGAUUACUGAAAAUUCCCAUGGUCGUGUAGUCUACAGUCCUCCUCAAUGGUAAACUAAUGGUGAAUGAAGUAUACCUAAGUAAUGCUUUGACUAUGUGAAUUUUUGCUUUGUUUUCUUAGUGAGUUUCACAAGUUAGGCAAUGGAUGAAAAGGGACAGUGUGAUUAUUUGUUGUUUUUUCCCCCCACAUGAUACAUGACUGAUUCUUUUCUAUCCCAUCUCCCCUUUCUAUGUCUUCUGUUGCGUUCAUAAAUAGACAUCCAUCUGCUGCGCAAAAGAAAUACGAUUUUAAAAAUCUCAUACAGGACAAUUUGGAUUUUCCGUCCUGUUAUGGAAAGACUUUACAAAAAUUCAGUUAAAAAAAAACUCAUCAAAAUAGUGGAAAUAAAACUGUCUGGAAGUGAUUAAUCUAGAAUACUUCAAUAUACAGUAGUUGUAGUAGCUUACAGGAGGUUACUCAGCAUAAUAGCUGGCUUCAUUUGUUUUCUGAUCAUUUAUUUCAUAGCGCACAUAAAUGCAAAUGCAAUUGGGGAAAUGAAAAGUUCUGUUCAAUGUAGAACUGCAUUGUUAAAUGUUAUCCUUGUGAGACUUCAUCAUUUCAUUCCAAGCAUGUUCACCUCAUUCUCUUUUGACAUUUGUUAUUUAAAGUCAUGUUUAUCAUUGUUAUAUAGUGUAAUUGUAAUUUAGAGCUGUUCUCUUUACCACUUUAGAGUUUUGUACGGUAAUUUGCGGACAAUCUUUUUGAAGUUUUUGGCUGCGUCUUAAGUGUGGAGAACUGCUGCCUUCUCUUUUAUAAAAGAUUUUCUUCUUUUAUGUUUCUAUGUGUUGAUUUCUAUUUCAUCACACUUUGGCUGUUAAUCAUGGUGUCAUGAAUCAUUAAUUAUUAUGAUUUCAAUUAAUAUUCAUUGUGACUGUUUUAGUUUUGUGAUUGUGGUAUUUUAGUUAUUUAAGUUUUGCCAUUUGGUUUAUCUCCUUUUAUAGACUGAGUUAAAUUAAAGCCUUCCAAACCCAUGAAAUUUUGCACAAGACAUGAUGCUGUGGUAGAAUGACUUGUAGGCAGUGAGUAAUGGGAUCAUUUUGCCCUCUUGGGUGUGGGCUCACCCAUUUUUAAAAUCUUGUGUAGAAAAUUAUGUUGAUGUAGUGUUAUUUAAAUAUAUUUAUUAGACAAAUUGUAGAAUUAUGAGUUAUCUAGAUCUUUUAAAAUUGAUCCAUCCAUAAAUCUAACAUGUGUGGCAGUGUGAAGGGUCUAUUCGGUCAGGUUUGGUGAUUUCUAAAUGUGGGUAGAUGCAUUUCAGCGCACUCACAAUACUGGCAUGGCGUAGUCUAAUUUGAUUGAAAAGGGAAAAAAAUACAGUUUUCAUGCUGUCUGAAAAUUUAGCCAAAAUUACAUUUCUUGAAGUAUUCUUGUGAAAAUGCUGGUCUUGUGUCUCAAAGAAUAACUUUCAAAAUUUCAACCUUGAGAGGUUGCUUUUUAUCUUGUUGAUCUGCUUGAUGAUUCUCAAAAUGACCUACUGACCUACCUCCUAGGAAAGUGAUUAUUGUGGAAUGGAGAUUUUGACAAUUUAGCUUAAGAAACAAAGGAAAAUUUAUGUUUUGAGCAUAUUUUAUUGUAAAGUUGAUGUUGAUGCAAUCUACCCCUCCUUGUGUUCAAGUUGAAAACCAAACAAAUUUCUGUUAAUGCCAUUCUUGAGUUUUAAGAGUGUUGAAUAAGUGUGUACAAUAAAUUCAGACAUACUUUGAA